CUCCUCCUCUCCCUCCUUCUCCUCUCCUCUUUUCUUUCCUUUCCUUUAAACUCACCGUGCUUCAUAACUCUCCAUCUUCUUCCCCCUAUACACUUACUGCCCAUAUUUAUUUCCAUCCUCCUAUCACUCCUUUGGAGAUUCAUUUGCACAUUGUCUUUGAUUCCCAGCGUUAUCUCACAUCAUGGAUGAGAUCGCCCCCGAGUAUGAUGUCGUCGUGCUCGGCACUGGUUUGACCGAGUGUGUGCUUUCUGGUGUUUUGAGUGUCAAGGGAAACAAGGUGCUUCACAUUGACCGUAAUGACCACUACGGAGGAGAGGCUGCCUCUGUCAACAUCGAGACUCUCUUUAAGAAGUACGGCAACGUUCGCCCCGGCGAGGAGCCUUGGAAGAAGUAUGGCCGCGUCAACGACUGGAACAUCGACCUGGUUCCUAAGCUUUUGAUGGCCAAUGGCGACUUGACCAACAUUUUGGUUUCCACCGAUGUCACAAGAUACCUAGAGUUCAAGCAAAUUGCGGGCAGCUACGUCCAGCAAGGAAAGGGUCCCAAGGCCACCGUCGCCAAGGUGCCCUCGGAUGCCGGGGAAGCUCUGCGCUCCUCCCUCAUGGGCAUGUUUGAGAAACGGAGAGCCAAGAAGUUCUUGGAGUGGGUGGGCGAGUUUAACGAGAACAACCCUUCCACUCACCAUGGCCUCGAUAUCACCCAGUGCACGAUGAAGGAAGUCUACGACAAGUUCAGCUUGGAAGAUAACACUCGCGAUUUCAUUGGCCACUCCAUGGCUCUCUACCAAUCCGAUGAAUACUUCCUCAAGCCUGGAGCAGCCCCCGAAACCAUCAACCGCAUCCGCCUGUAUGUCAACUCCAUGGCCCGUUACGGCAAGUCGCCAUACAUCUACCCCCUUUACGGCCUGGGUGAGCUUCCCCAGGGUUUCGCUCGUCUUUCUGCCAUCUAUGGCGGUACCUAUAUGCUCAACACCUCCGUGGAUGAUGUCCUUUACGAUGAGAGCGGCAAGGUGUCUGGAAUCAAGGCCACUAUGAAGGACCGUGACAACGAGGGCGAGACCAUGAGCUUCACCACUAAGACGAAGAAGAUUCUCGCCGACCCCUCGUACUUCCCUGGCAAGGUCCGCGUCACUGGCCACUUGUUGAAGGCCAUCUGUAUCCUCAACCACCCCAUCGACAAGACCGACGGCAGCGACUCGCUGCAACUCAUCCUCCCUCAGUCCCAGGUCGGCAGAAAGCAUGAUAUCUACAUUGCUAUGGUCUCUUCGGCGCACAAUGUCUGCCCCAAGGGAUACUAUAUCGCCAUUGUCUCGACCAUUGCCGAGAGUGAUGCCAACCACCACAUCGAACUGGAGCCUGGGUUCGAGCGCCUGGGUAAGAUCGAGGAGACAUUCUUCAGUGCUCCUAUUCCUCUGUACGAGCCCAUCGAGAGCGGUGAGAAGGACAACAUUUUCAUCUCCAAGAGCUACGAUGCUACCUCCCACUUCGAGACCACAACAGAGGAUGUCCGGGACAUCUACCGUCGUGCGACGGGCGAAGAGUUGAAGGUCGAGGGUCUCCGGGAAGAUCAGAAACUUGUGGAGUAAACCAGCCUCCAGCAUUUGCAUACUAGGGUACAGUAAUUUUUUUGUCGCUUCGGAUGCGCGUUUUUGACUUGAGCCAUAAUUCCUCUUGGACUUUCCUUCACGCUCAUGAAACAUACCACAUAUUGCUCUUGGACUCAGUCCACUCGCUUGGUCUCUGGCAUACGCUAUUAUUACAGUAGGGACUGGUCAACAUAUGUUCAUAACAACCCGGCUCGCAGGUGCAUAGCACCAACUUGUGAAUAAGAGUUGUUGUUUUGAGUUGAACACAUAAACAC